UUUUGUAAUAUUUGAUACUAUUCAGAUAUUAUUUUAGAUUAUUAUCAUGUUGGGUUUUUCAAUUUUUGUUCGAAUUUUAUGUAUUUUAUUGUGGGGGGGAAGAAUAGUACGGAUCGAAUUUAGAUAAUACUUGACAUUCAAAAUACUAUCUUACCAAAUUUGUUCAGUUAAUUUAACAGUCCAGAUCAUUUUUCGGUUUUGGUUCGGGCUUGAAUUUGUUUCGAACAAUGGUACAAUGUUUUGACUCGAGUAUUGAUGGAGAGAAGGUUAACAUGGAAUGAAUUAACAUGCCACAAAUUAACAAUGAUACGAAGAUGUAAACAUAUAAUUUCCAUUAUAUCUUCAGACAAGUAUUAACAAUGAGAAAUCUGAAACAGAACCCAAGUAGAAAACGAGGGUCAUUAACAAACCCCAUGACUUUUCUUCUGUCUCUUCUGAGUUUAAAACGACUUGGAAGACAUGAGUGGUUUCAGAGGCAACAUAGAUCUAGCCUUAGGAGCAGAGCUUGGGAACAUCACAUUCAGUUUAUGCAUCAAUAUAUCAGCCCGUGACAGGAUCUCAUUCAAAAGAAAUUGUUGAACGAUCGGUUUAUUCAACCACUCCAUAACCGACUCUCCUGGUGCCAUCAACACCACUUUGCUAACGACCUCUAAAGGCGACUCAAUUGUUUGAACCGAGUUUGGUCGGAAAUCAGUAAGAGGGACGAAACUCGUCGGUGUGUUAGUUCAAAGACGUUUUAUUAAAUCGAUGAACGGUUUGAUUACAAAUAAGGAAAGAUUAAACGGAAAGUAAGCCGGUGCUCGGAGAGCGUUGGCUGGGAAAGUACAAGUCGGCGAGAAUACAAAAGAGUAAAACCAUAGUUUCUAGGAUCCCCCUCUCGUCUCUCUCUCCUUUUCUUAUAUAGAUGAACUCCUUUCUUGUCCAGCAUUAGGUUGGUUCGUUCUAAUGGGCCCAUCACUGUCAGGCCGAGCUGUCGGGCGAUCUGAUUUACUCCUUUGUAAUGCUGAGCGAAUAGCUGAGCAUCGCAGUUACUUGGUCGGGAGCCACCCACUUAAGCUGACACUUUUGGACUGGUUCGACGGGCUAAGUUUCCUAUUUUAUGGACCUUGUGGAGGAAUGCAAUCCAUCUUCUACAUCAACCGAGCUCAGCAUCUAUCUGAGCUUUUACAAUCUUCAAUGUCGGUCCUGUCACUAGCUUUAUACGUCUCGGGACUACACCGUAGUAAAGCAUUCGUUUCCUGAACCCGUGGAGAGUGUGAACCACUGCUAUAAGCACGGCUCCAACAGACAAGUUUCUCACGUGGAAAAAUAGCUCAUGAGAGGCUUCUUUAACCCACCAACCAUAACAUGAUCAUCAACCCUGGCUCUCUUAGUUAAAAAAAAAAAAACCUGACUCUACUGAUCUUAUUCCUUUAGCACUGUAUAUAAGCUAUAACACUACCUGACUCGUCUAAUACUCUAUCUUCUCCGUCCAAAGACUAGAUUCAAUAUAAAAUACAUAUAAACAAAACAAAUAAAUAAUUUUAGCAAAAUAAAAUAAAAUAAUAAUAAUUAAGUAUAAACAAAUAUUUCAUCAAAAUAACAUCAUCAUCUAGCAGUGAAAACAAAACUGAAUUCGUGCAUUUAGGAUGGAUAACAUCUGCAUUGACUCUGAUAAUUCGAAUGAUUUUGUCCAUUAAAAAGAAUCAGACAACUAAUAUAUAUUUGAUUAUUUGGUUGUUAUUUUUUGUUGAAAAGGGCUUUAUUUGGUUUUUAAAUCGUCUAAAUAUUUAUAUAUAAUAUUUUAUUCUAAAACUAUAAUUAUUCUAAGCUAUAUGAAUUUUCGGACAAUGAAAUUUACUUUUACUUGAAUUUUCUUCGUUUUUAUAACCAGCUGUGAAAUUUUGUAGGAGUUUAAUAAUACUUUUAGCAGUUUCACAGAAUGUAGAUCAUCUUCCUGGAGGGUUUAGUAUUGCAGACUCAAAUACAGUCCCAAUUCCACUUAAACAAUCACAUCUUUAAUAGGUCGGUCUAAUUCUACUUGGCAAAGCUUUUGGUUCUUUCUUUAGUUUCAUGAACAUGUCACAACUAAAUGAUUGUAGCAGUUAAAUAUUUGAAUUUCUAAAACAUAUAUUAUCUUUAAUUUGGUAGAAUUUUGUUGCGUACAUCAAAGAACCAGGAAUUGUAUUAAGCUUAUUUUCUGGGGGAGGACAUAUAAAUAAAAUAGUGUAGAGAAUCAGUUGUGUUCUAAUUAUAUUUUUUCUCAACCGUCAAGUCCAGAAAGAAGAGUAUAUUGUAGAAUAUGUGAAGCUUAUGCAAAUGGUUGUAGUCAAGAAAAAGAUAAAUCUAAAGAGCUUUGUUUGAGUACAAAGCAAGCAAAAGUUUACUAUAAAACAACUUUCCUCUGUGAUUAUUUUUGCAAUGUCAAGCAAUCAUAUAUGCCCAUUGUCGUACAAAUAUGUAUAUUCUUGUACUAUGACAUGUUAGUUUAGACAGUCAAAAAUCAAUUAAUUAUUUCAAAAUAGUUAAGGACUAGCUAUAAGAAUAUAAACAUUUAAUUUCAGGAGUAAAGUGAGACCUGGAGGACAACAAAGUGAACUCCUAAAGGACCAAUCUUUAUGAGAAACAUAACAGAACCUUAUAUCCUUCCACAGGUUGCCUUUGAAUGAUUCCUAGAGUUUUGUGUUUUCUUUUCUACACAUGCAUACACACACAAUAAGAUAUAUGUAUAUAUAUAUAGAAAGAAAGAUUAGAGAAGAUAAAUUUUCAAGUUAUUUUGCUCUUCUUCCACUUGGUAAAGAUUUAGCAUCUCUUCUGGACUUCAUCUUAAAACCCAUGGAAUCAAAUAGAGCUAUCACAACCAUUUGUAUUCUCCUUUGUCUCUUUCUCUCGGCCAGCUUCUUCACUUAUUCUGUAGAUGCAAGAAAACUUGUGGGGCAUGAGAGAGACUCAAAGAAGAAGCCAAAGAAGCUGAUCAUCAAAGCAUUAAAACAUACAUCAAUGUUAGAGAAAAUGAUGACACAACUCAAUCUAGCUCAGCCUUUGGAUUACUCAACAACAUCCUGCAACACUCAACCUAAUAAUGUUAGUGCAACUCUCACUCUAUCUCCCUAUGUUCCACUUGCCCCACUGUCAGUUCCCGAAAAUGCCUCUCCUUUUUGCGUCAAUCCUCCAAAUACUCCGCUAAACUCACCUCCUUCCUCCUCCUACCCUGAACUUAGCCCACCUCCAGGCCCAAUCAAUGUACCUAACCCAGCUGAAUCAUCUUCUAAUCCGAACUCGAACCCAAACACACCUGACUCCACCUCAAACCCAAACUCAAUUCCAAACCCACCUGAAACAUCCUCCUCUAACCCGAACCCACCUGUUACCGUUCCUAACCCACCCGAAUCAUCUUCUAACCCAAACCCACCAGAAUCAUCAUUAAACCCCAACCCACCCGUUACAGUCCCAAACCCACCGGACAUUUCCAGUCCAAACCCGCCAGAGACCGUUCCUAGCCCUUCAGUACCUGGUUAUACACCAGGCCCAUCAGGACCCAUUUCAGGCCCACCUUACUCCGAGCCAGGCCCAUCAACCCCGACCGACACUCCUACACCGUCUGGUAAUAUUCCAACCCCAUCAUCAGGGUUUUUACCUCCGAUCGUCUAUCCGCCUCCUAUGGUACCACCGCCACCAAGCGUGACUCCGACCUCGGCUUACUGGUGCGUUGCUAAGCCUUCAGUGCCUGACCCAAUCAUCCAAGAAGCCAUGAAUUUUGCAUGUGGGUCAGGAGCUGAUUGCCAUUCAAUUCAGCCCAAUGGGGCAUGCUUUAAACCCAAUACAUUGUGGGCCCAUGCUUCAUACGCCUUCAAUAGCUAUUGGCAGCGGACCAAAGGCUCUGGUGGGUCGUGCUCGUUCGGCGGCACCGGCAUGCUUGUCACCGUCGACCCAAGUAAAAUAUUUACAUAUAUAUUUCAUUAUUCAUCAUAGUUUCCUUUUCUUUGUUGGUGUUCCACUCUAUCAUAGUAUUCCUUUUUCUUAUUUAAAAGCUGAUAAUAUGGAUAUUUGUUUAACCUUUUGACUCUUCUUUUAUUGAAAACAGGCUUUAAUGGGUGCCAUUUUGAUUUCUUCUAAUGCAUGAAGAUGAAGACGUCUCUCGUUUUUUAAUUUAUUUUUCAUGUGGAUACGAAUAAUAUCAACUAUGUUUUGAUACAUAUACUAUAGUAAGUACAUUAGGUGGGUCUCUCUCACUUGUAAGUUGUAACCAAUUAAGGUUUAUAAAAUACUAAUUUCCUAUGGAAUGGCAUAACAGCGUAGUUAUAAAUCUUAUGCUAAAUUCGUAUCUUGCUUUUUUGGUAAUGGAUUAGGUCUUAUAGACUUACAAAUACGUUGCAUCUACUAAUUACUAUCACUAAUUAUUCCUUUAUU